UGCCUAAUAUUGUGUUUACCAUUGAACUGAUAGUUCGCCAUGGGACGUGUUAUCAGAGGACAGAGGAAAGGUGCCGGCUCUGUUUUCAAGGCCCAUGUGAAGCACCGAAAAGGUCCCGCUAAACUCAGAGCCGUUGACUUUGCUGAGCGCCAUGGCUACAUCAAAGGAAUUGUGAAGGAUAUCAUUCAUGACCCGGGACGUGGGGCUCCUUUGGCCAAAGUGGUUUUCCGUGACCCAUACAGGUUCAAGAAGAGGACAGAACUCUUCAUUGCUGCUGAGGGUAUUCACACUGGCCAGUUCAUCUACUGUGGGAAGAAGGCUCAACUGAACAUUGGCAAUGUUCUCCCCGUUGGUGCAAUGCCAGAAGGUACAAUUGUUUGUUGUCUGGAGGAAAAGCCUGGUGACAGAGGCAAGCUGGCCCGUGCUUCUGGGAAUUAUGCUACAGUCAUCUCCCACAACCCUGAAACCAAAAAGUCCCGUGUAAAGUUGCCUUCUGGGUCUAAAAAAGUAAUUUCUUCAGCCAACAGAGCUGUUGUUGGUGUUGUUGCUGGUGGUGGCCGUAUUGACAAGCCCAUCCUAAAGGCGGGUCGUGCCUACCACAAGUACAAGGCUAAGAGAAACUGCUGGCCUCGUGUCCGUGGUGUGGCCAUGAACCCUGUUGAACAUCCAUUUGGUGGUGGUAACCAUCAGCACAUUGGUAAACCUUCCACCAUUAGGAGAGAUGCUCCUGCUGGUCGCAAGGUCGGUCUUAUUGCUGCUCGCCGUACUGGCAGACUGCGUGGCACAAAGACUGUUCAGGAGAAGGAAAACUAAAUUUCUACCUUUAAAUAAAAUAUGAGAAA